AUGGUGUGGGUCUACCUUUUUAAUGACAAGAGCGCGACUUCUUCGACAAUCAAGAAGUGGGUGGCGCUUGUUGAGACGGAGAAAGACGGACAACUCGUAAAGCGGAUUCGGUCGGAUGGAGGAGGAGAGUACGUGAACAACGAGCUCGACGGGUGGUUCAAGGCGCAAGGAACCUUCCACAAAGUAUCGGUUCCUCACUCACCUCAACAAAAUGGAGUGGCGGAACGUUUGAACCGCACUUUGGUUGAGACGAUUAGGAGCAUGCUUGCCCAUGCUCAUGUGGACAAGUCUUGGUGGGGUGAAGCGACGAUGUUGGCAACUUGGAUUCACAACCGAAGCUUGACCAAGACUAUGCCAAACGUGACCCCCCUUGAGGCUUGGAGUGGCGACAAACCGAACGUCUCCAACCUUCGCACAUUCGGGUGCAUUUGCUACUAUCACGUUCCCGAUGCUACACGCACCAAGCUUGAGGCGAAGGCGCGUGUGGGAAUGUAUUUGAGCCAUAGCCUUGAUCAUAAGGGAUGGCGGGUGUGGGAAUUGGAGAGCGGAAAGGUGGUGGUGUCGCGUGACGUCUCAUUCUUCAAGAGCCGCUUCCCAACUUCACCAAAAGAGAAGCAUUCGGUCGUGGUCAUCCCUCCAACGGUUGAGGACACGAAUGAGCCAUCUUUUCAUGACGUUCCCGAGGAGAGGAGUGAUCAAGAUGGGGAGGGAGAUGUUGAAAAGGUUGGAGUGGAGAAUGAGAAGGAUGGUGUUCCUUCUACUGUCGUCGCUUCAACACUUGCAUCUACUCGUGCUCGAAGAGCUCCUCACCCGAACCAGAAAUACGCCGACUACUCACUUGUGGUGGAGGAUGAUGAGGAAGGGGGAGAUGCCAUGUGCUUCAUGGCCGACUUCACACCUACCACCUACUGUGAGGCGAUGGAGACGCUCCAAGCCAGUAAUUGGACUCAAGCGCUCAAUAAGGAGUACGAGUCUAUCAUUGAGAAUGAUGUUUAUGACCUUGUUCCCUUACCCCCCAAUAUCUACACCGUUGGGUCCUGGUGGGUGUUCAAGAAGAAGCUCGGGCUAAACGGUGAGGUGGAGCGAUACAAGGCUCGCUUGGUGGCUCGCUUGGUCGCUUUGUAG